GACUUCCUGGUUUGGAGUCAUGUGACCUGGUGCAGAGUCAUGUGACCUGGUGCAGUUAUAAGACCUGGGACCUGAGUCCGGCCUCAGUCUCUGCACUGAACCCCGACGACUCCAGACAACAUGAAAGUGAAGGACAUGACGUUUAAGGAGGGGCAGGAGUUUAAGGUCCGCAUCAAGCCCAAAGACGACUGCUGCUCUUUUGCCAUAAACAUCGGUCACGACCCGGAUAACGUGGCGCUGCACUUUAACCCGCGCUUCGAAGUCGGCGGAGACGUCAACACCAUCGUCUUUAACUCGAAGUCUGGAGACUGCUGGGGCGAGGAGCAACGAGACCUGAACUUCCCCUUCUGCAGAGGAGAGGAGUGCAAGUUCUAUAUAAGCUUCAACAUGGAGAGAUUCUACAUCAAGCUUCCGGACGGCUCCAUGCUGGACUUCCCGAACCGACUGGGAGACGUCAAAUACAAAUACUUCGACGUGACCGGAGACGCGCGCAUCAUCGGCAUCAAAGUCAAAUAAUCCAGACGCCGCUGUAAAACUUUUUCACGAAGAAUAAAGUCUGUGAAAGCCA